CGAGGCACUUGGUAGACUUUUCAUCGGUGGAAAAUGUCCUCGCCAAGGUCUCGGAGCAGCACUUACCGUGGGAGUAUCAGCGGGGUCGGCGGCUCGGUCGGUACCGUGAGCCGCCAGCGUUCCUCCUCCUCCUCCUCCUCCUCCUCCGAGGGCUCCGCGCGCCGCCGGGGAUCCGGAGCCUGUUCUUACUUUUCCUCCGGAGCGCAGAAUGUGGACUUUUCAGUCAGGUUGAAUCAGCCGAUAUUCACCGUGACGCUUAGGUUCUUGUUAGCCAUAGACCUGUGGCUAUCCAAGCGGCUUGGCAUGUGUGCCAAUGAGGAGUCUGCUUGGGGCAGCAUCCGUCCCCUGGUGCGACUUGUUGAGCUGUCCGGACACGCCAUGCCCUGGUUCAUCGGCACCCUGUACAGUCUCCUCUGUGGAGAGACUGUCAUGGAGCAGGAAAUCAUGCUGAAUUUGGCCUUAGCACUGCUGUUGGACCUCUUACUGGUGAGAGUUGUGAAAACACUGGUGCGACGUCGCAGGCCUGCCCAGAACCGGUCUGACAUCUUAUCUACCUACUUUAUAGAGCGCUACUCCUUCCCUUCAGGCCAUGCCACCCGGGCUGCUAUGUGUGCCCGAUUCCUCCUGGCCCAGCUGGUGGACACUGCCUCCAUGCGUGUCCUUGUGCUUGGUUGGGCUGUCCUGGUGAGCCUGUCCCGGCUACUGCUGGCCAGACACUAUGUGACAGACGUGGCCUUUGGUCUGGCUAUGGGCUACUGCCAGUACAGCCUAGUGGAAAGGCUGUGGGUGACCUGGGACUGCCUGCAGGACCUCCUGCUCAUGCUGCUUGGAGAUAGACUAAACAGGACUUAG